CAUAUGACACAUUUUCCCGAAAGAAAUCUUUGCUUGAUCGUAUUUAAAAAUCAGAAAGAAGAUAAAGGUUAAACAAUAUGGCAGAAAAAAUAGAAAUUGAUACGUCAAUAUUAAAUGGAAGAACAGAGGAAGAAGAUAUUGUAACACCUUGGAAUGUUGCAACUAGAAACGAAACUGGAAUUGACUAUGAUAAACUAAUUAAAAGAUUUGGAAGUUCGAAAAUUGAUGAAGAACUAUUGGCCAGAUUUGAGAAAAUCACAGGACAAGAACCACAUCAUUUUCUUAGAAGAGGAAUAUUUUUCUCUCAUCGAGAUAUGAAUAUUAUUUUAAAUCUUUAUGAACAAGGAAAACCUUUUUACCUUUAUACUGGUAGAGGACCUAGUUCAGAUUCUAUGCAUUUGGGACAUCUCAUACCAUUUAUGUUUUGCAAAUGGUUACAAGAUGUAUUUCAUGUUCCAUUAGUUAUACAACUAACUGAUGAUGAAAAAGCAAUAUGGAAAAAUAUAAAAAUAGAAGAUGCAAUUAAAUUGGCUUAUAAUAAUGCAAAAGAUAUUAUUGCUCUUGGAUUUAAAUCAGAGAAUACGUUUAUCUUUUCUAAUUUAGAGCAUAUUGGAAAUAACCCAGCAUUUUAUCAAAAUAUGAUCAGAGUACAAAGGAGUGUUACAUUUAAUCAAGUGAAGGGUAUUUUCGGAUUUGGAGAUAGUGAUCCUAUUGGAAAAAUUUCAUUUCCACCUACUCAAGCUGUUCCAGCAAUUUCUGGAACUUUUCCUUUUAUCUUUAAGGGUGCGAAAGUUCAUUGUUUAAUACCCUGUGCUAUAGAUCAAGAUCCAUAUUUUAGAAUGACAAGAGAUGUCACGCCAAAAAUUGGCUAUCCAAAACCAGCUCUAUUACAUUCUAUAUUUUUUCCUGCUUUACAAGGCUCCAAAACAAAAAUGUCUGCUAGUGAUAAUAACACUGCAAUAUUUUUAACGGACACUGCUAAACAAAUAAAAAACAAAAUUAACAAACAUGCAUUCUCAGGAGGACAAGCCACUAUUGAAGAACAUAGACGAUUAGGAGGCAAUUGUGAUAUUGAUAUAGCAUAUCAGUGGUUGCGAUUUUUUUUAGAAGAUGAUGAAAAAUUAGAACAACUUAGAAAAGGUUAUACUAGUGGAGAAAUUUUAACAGGGGAACUUAAAAAAGAAUUAAUUGAUGUGCUACAGCCUUUGGUAGCUGCACAUCAAGAAGCUAGGAAUAAAUUAACAGAUGAAAUAGUUAAACAAUAUAUGAUUCCCAGGGAUCUCGGUUUUGUGACAAAUAUAAAAUAG